AUGAGUUUCAGCUCGGAGCACUACCUGUGUGGCCCCUCUUCCUACCGCAAGGUGUUCGGCGACAGCUCCGCGCCUGUUCCUCGCGCCCUCUCGGGGGCUGGCGGCGCGGGCAGUAACCGCUCGGAGUCGCUGACCCGCUGCACGGUGGCCUCCUCCGCCGCCUGCUCCUCGGCCUCGUCUCUCGGUCUGGGCCUGGCCUGCCGGCCUCCCGCGUCCGAUGGGCUGGACCUGAGCCAGGCGGCCGCGCGCACCAACGAGUACAAGAUCAUCCGCACCAACGAGAAGGAGCAGCUGCAGGGCCUCAACGACCGCUUCGCCGUGUUCAUCGAAAAGGUGCACCAGCUGGAGACGCAGAACCGCUCUCUGGAGACCGAGCUGGCGGCGCUGCGGCAGCGCCACGCCGAGCCGUCGCGCGUGGGCGAGCUCUUCCAGCGGGAGCUGCGCGACCUGCGCGCGCAGCUGGAGGAGGCGAGCUCGGCCCGCGCUCAGGCCCUGCUGGAGCGCGACGGGCUGGCGGAAGAGGUGCAGCGGCUGCGGGCGCGCUGCGAGGAGGAGAGCCGCGGGCGCGAAGGCGCCGAGCGCGCCCUGAAGGCGCAGCAGCGCGACGUGGACGGCGCCACGUUGGCCCGCCUGGACCUGGAGAAGAAGGUGGAGUCGCUCCUGGAUGAGCUGGCCUUCGUGCGCCAGGUGCACGACGAGGAGGUGGCCGAGCUGCUGGCCACGCUGCAGGCGUCGUCGCAGGCUGCGGCCGAGGUGGAUGUGGCCGUGGCUAAACCAGACCUGAGUUCGGCGCUGAGGGAGAUCCGCGCCCAGUAUGAGUCCCUGGCUGCCAAAAACCUGCAGUCCGCCGAGGAGUGGUACAAGUCCAAGUUCGCCAACCUGAACGAGCAGGCGGCGCGCAGCACCGAGGCCAUCCGGGCCAGCCGCGAGGAGAUCCACGAGUACCGGCGCCAGCUGCAGGCGCGCACCAUUGAGAUCGAGGGCCUUCGCGGAGCCAAUGAGUCCCUGGAGAGGCAGAUCCUGGAGCUGGAGGAGAGACACAGUGCCGAAGUGGCCAGCUACCAGGACAGCAUUGGGCAACUGGAGAAUGAUCUGAGGAACACCAAGAGUGAGAUGGCACGCCACCUUCGGGAAUACCAGGACUUGCUCAAUGUCAAAAUGGCUCUUGACAUUGAGAUAGCAGCUUACAGGAAAUUGCUGGAAGGCGAAGAGACACGUUUUAGCACUAGUGGGUCAACCAUUUUAGGGCUAAAUCCACUUCCCAAUCCAGGUUAUCUGCUCCCGCCUAGAAUCCUCAGUUCUACUACCUCCAAAGUCUCAUCCACUGGCCUGUCUCUUAAGAAAGAGGAAGAGGGUGAGGAGGAGGAGGCUUCUAAGGUCACCUCUAAGAAAACCUCCCAGAUAGGGGAAAGUUUUGAAGAAAUACUGGAGGAGACCGUAAUAUCUACUAAGAAAACCGAGAAAUCAAAUAUAGAAGAAAGCACCAUUUCAAGCCAAAAAAUAUAAUUCUGUUGCUUAAAAAGAGUUAAUGCUUAAGAGGGGAUAAUAUGCAUUUGACUUGUUAACAGCCUAUUCCUGAACCAAAACACCUGUCAUCACUAUAAAAUGUCUUCAAGGCUUCAGUCUCAUAGUUAGCAUUGAAUACCUACAUUCUCUAAUAAGGAAACCACCUCUUAGAUUGGAGCAAACCGCGGCCCUACAGCCAUCACAGAGGAGUUAUCUAAGAACACAGCUUUCUCACCUAAAGCUCAGGCUUUACAGUGAUAGAUGAUUCAGGUACAGAGGAAGUACAAACUAAGGUGCUAAAUCUGUGAUCAUCAUCUUUUGCUGUGAUUUAAAAUUAAAACCUAUCUCACUCAUUAUAACUAGCCAUUGCCCAGCUAUAUCGUCUCACUCUAGAUACCUAAAAUAUAAGAUCACUGCCAAAGAUAAACUAAUGGUCCACACCCCACCACCCUAAUAGAACCGUUUCACAAAUGAUAGGUGUUUGUUUGAUGGACACUUUUCCUCCCACCCACCUCAAUUCCAUUUAGGUUUUUCUCAAAAGAACGUACCCCCUUUAGCUCUCUUUGCGGAAUGGGUAAAAUACGAUGCAUGUUGACCAUUUCUGUGAUUCAUGUAAUGACUUCACCCUGCCCAUUUCCUAUCCUUCCAAUUCUGUAAGUUAAAAUAAAAAUGGCAGUGAUAAGUGUUAAGGGUUGCCUCCAACAAAUAAAAUAAUGAAAACUUUGUGUAGAUUUUAGGCUUUUCAGCUUAACAAACCCAUUUAAUUAGGAGGGAAAAAAAAAACCCUACUGGAUUAAGAAUGUAGCUUUUCACCUUAAUGUUAGAAACACAGUAAUAGUUACCAUAAGCUGUGAUUAAGCUGACCUUAGAUUUAGUAACAUAAGCUAGAAGAGGUGAGUAUUUGUAUGAAUGGAAAAAGUGAAGGUCUCAUUUAUCUGUGUCAGUUUGCUUGUGGUGAUAUAGAGUUAGUUGUUUCAUGCCCUUAGCCUUAGAAUCCAUAUAUUCCCCUUCCUACUAGUCUAGGUCCUAAAAGGCCUUGUUUUCACUCUCCUCUGCCUUUUUAAAAGUGCUAAGUGUAGAUUAUGUUAUCAGCAGGACACAAUGCUACUGCCCCAAAGCAAAAGAAGUCACUUCUGGUCAAUCAACACCACCAGCAAAUAAAUAAAUAAAUCUCUUUUCUAAGAGAGUCUUGCCCAGCAGUUUUCCCACUGCUGCAUCGUUGGUGGUCUCUCCCCUGCUGGAGAGGAAGAGACACCCAGACCAGAGGAGGGGCGCACAGGCUCCUACUCACAGGCUAGAAGUAGAUUUUGGAGCCUCAACUUUUCAUCUGCCCAUCUGUGUAGCAGCUGCAUUCCACGUGUGCCGAGUUCGAUGCAGGAUUUGUUCUCUGCCAGCAGUCACUUCACCAGAGCUAAAGAGUUGCCAUGUCUCUAUCACACGUCUGCAUUAAGAUAAGGACGUGAAGCUUUCACUGAACUUUCUUAUCCUAGCACAUGCUUCCAUAGUUCAAGGAACUUGAAAGAUACUUUUCUUCCUUUCCCUUACUCCAUCCCUGUCUUUAUUCCCCACACUUACUGUAAAACAUUAAUAAAAUAAGAAUUAAAAGUCUCAUGAGUUCCACCAACA